AUGUUUAGUGACAAGGACGAUUACUCUGAGAAAUGCCGUAUGCGGCGAUGCCACCGUAGAAUCCAAAUGAGAAGGCACCACCACCCGAAACUAUUACUAUCAUAUUUGGGGCAAGGAAUUGGUGAAGUUGGGAAGAAGAUGGAAUCCUCGUCUUCUCGUGAAGCGGUUGGAGCAAUUUCUAUACCUGGAAGGCAGCGUGUAAUGGAAGAUACAAUUUCAAUUCGACCUAAUCUUUGCUUACCGGAGAUCAAUCAACGCCAACCCAUUGAUUUCUUUGCUGUUUACGAUGGACAUGGUGGACGUCAUGUAAAUCCUACGGUAGCUUCAAUGUGUAAAGAGAGAAUGCAUGAGGUACUAGAAGAAGAGCUGAUGCGCAUGAGAAACAACGUAGACAUGGGCGGUAGCGGUACCAGUAGUCCCCGUGGAAGACGACAACCAUUGGAAGGGCAGAGGAUGGAGGAAGCAUGGAGAAGAGUAUUCAAAAGUUGCUUCUUGAAGAUAGAUGAGAUGGCAUCAUGCAUAUGUAGUGAAUGUGGUGGUGUAGGCUACGAAUGUGGCUGCCCACCGAGCGUAUUGAAACUGACGGGCUCCACUGCAGUGGUGGUAGUUUUGACGGACGAGACUAUCAUUGUAGCAAACUGUGGUGACUCACGCGCUGUUCUUAGCCGCAGUGGAAGUGCGAUCCCUCUUUCUUAUGAUCACAAGCCAGACAAACGAGAAGAACGUGCCAGAAUAGAGGCAUGUGGAGGUCGAGUUGUUUUUACGGAUGGAGCACGAGUUGAAGGAGUACUUUCCAUGUCUAGGGCAAUAGGAGACAACAAUUUAAAGCCAUAUAUGACAUCGGAGCCGGAGAUGACCUUCACAAAAAGGGAAGCAGAGGAUGAGUGCUUGAUUCUUGCAAGUGAUGGCUUGUGGGAUGUUAUAUCAAGUGAUAUAGCGUGUGCAGUGGGUAGGGAGUGUCUUCGAAAUAGAGAUCCAGCUGGGGACCUUAGUUCCAGGCCUUCUUCUGUAGAAGGUGAUAGCAGAGGAGCAAUGUUUUCUUCACGAAGGGCAUGCUCAGCAGCAGCACUGCUCACCCGGCUUGCUCUGGGCCGGAAUAGCUGUGAUAAUAUUAGUGUAAUUGUGGUGGACUUAAAAAGAAACCACACUGCUGUGUAGUUUCUAGAGCUAGAAUGUAACAUACGAGGCACUUUUCGAGUUUUUUCACCUAAUCAGGUAGCUUCCAAUUUGGGUUUUCCUCUUUUACUGUCAUUAGCAAGUGAUCUUUUACAUAAUGAAUGAAGUUGACAAUUCAGA